AUGUCCCGUGUGCUUGUCAUCUAUGAGGGUCCCCCCCAUCCAUGCUGGUGUCUGACACCCCCCUUCUGCCUUGUGUCUCCCCAGGGCAUCGAUGACUCCAGCAAGGACAACCGUGGCGCCCAGGAGGCCCUCAACCCCGAGGAUGAGGUGGAUGAGUUCCUGAGCCGGGCCAUUGACGCCCGCAGCAUCGACCAGCUCCGCAAGGACCACGUCAAGAAGUUCCUGCUCACCUUCCAGACGUCCGACCUGGAGAAGAAGUACUCCAAGAAGGUGGACGACCGCUUCGGUGGCUAUGUGGCCUGCACCCUCCUCGUCUUCUGCUUCAUCUGCUGCCUCCAGAUUGUGGUGUUCCCCCACUCCCCGCUGAUGCUCGGCGUCUAUGUCGGCAUCUUCAUCCUCCUCGCUGCCAUCCUCUUCGUCUGUGCUGUCUACUCCUGCGUCACUCUCUUCCCCGCUGCCCUGCAGCAGCUCUCCCAGAAGAUAGUCCAGUCCCGCACCCACAGCACCAUCAUCGGGGUCUUCACCGGGGGUGAGUGGCCCGGGGGCGGUCAUGGGUACAGGGCUCCUACGGGUGCAGGACGCUGGGAUGGGGUCCUGCAUGGGUACCAGCAUGAGUCCCUGCAGGUGCAAGGUCCUCCUUGGGUGCUGGUGCGGGAUCCCUGA